AUGACAGGCACGGGAGACUUCGCCCACCCAUUUCUCCCUGAGCCAGCCCUGAGGGAGAGGCAGGACGAUGCCUGUUUGCUGGAGAGGAACAACCUGUCAUCUGGGACUGAGCCAUGGCCCCCUGCGCCUCUCCCAACCCCACCACCCUGGCUCCUGAGCUCCACAGACCCCGCCCACCUGGGGCUCCCAGAGAGCGUGGCCUCUGUCACCGUGCCCAUACGCCUGGACACCCUCUCCUGCCUCCUGCACAGCGCCCUGCUGGGGGCCUACACCUUCCAACAGUCCUUGCCCUCUUGCUCCUGCUGCCCCCAGGCAGGCCACACUCAGCCUGGCGCAGUCAGGAGGCCUCCCAGGGGACGCGGGGGCUGGGAAGUCAGGCACAGGCCAGGCUGGGGCCGGGGCCCAUAUCGACGAGGAGGCCUCGGGAGAGCUGAGCAGCCAGAGAGGGGUCGGGCGGGGGGCCCUGGGGCUGGCCCCAGGACCCCACCAAUGACGCUGCCAUCAGCACCAACACUGCCUGCCCAGGAUGGGAAGAAGGAAGCUGGAGGUCCAGAGCCACCCCUGGAAGCACCACCGGCUGCUGAGGACUGGGAGACAGAGUACUAG